UUUGGAAAUUAAGAUUGAAAGGAAAGAAGAAAUGGUAUCAAGAAUAUGCGUAUUAGGAGCAUUUGCAGUAGUUUCAAUGGUGUUAUCAGUUGUAGACGGAGACCCUGUUGUUCCUGCACUCUCCAUCUUCGGUGACUCCGUUGUUGAUGUCGGAAACAACAACAAUUUGCGGACCUUCAUCAAAGCAAACUUCCUUCCUUAUGGAAGAGAUUAUAUCACCCAUGCCCCUACUGGAAGGUUCUGCAACGGCAAGCUCGCCACUGACUUCACCGCUGAGUACUUGGGGUUCAGCUCGUAUCCGCCGGCGUAUCUCAGCAAAGAAGCCACAGGGAAUAGGAUCCUCACCGGCGUCAACUUCGCGUCGGCUGCUUCCGGUUACUAUGACACAACAGCCAAGCUAUAUAGGGCUGUAACAUUGACGCAGCAGCUGCAAUACUACAAGGAGUGGCAGAGCAAAGUGGUGAACAUGGUGGGAAGGAGCAAAGCCGACGCCAUAUUCUCAGGCGGAAUCCAUCUCCUGAGCGCAGGGAGCAGUGAUUUUAUACAGAAUUACUACAUCAACCCCUUCCUCAACAAGCGCUACUCUCCCGACAAGUUCUCCGACAUUCUGCUCAAAUCCUACACUUCCUUCAUACAGAAUCUGUAUGGAUUGGGAGCGCGGAGAAUCGGAGUUACAAGCCUACCGCCGUUAGGAUGCUUGCCGGGGGCAAUAACCUUAUUCGGCAAAUCAGGAAGCAAUGGGUGCGUGACGAGGCUCGACAACGACACCGUUUCCUUCAACCGGAAACUGAACACCACCUCUGAGAAUCUCAAGGCCAGCUUGGGUGGCCUCAAACUUGUGGUCUUCGAUAUCUACCAACCUCUGCUGGACUUGAUUUCCCACCCCAGCGACACUGGAUUCUUUGAAGCGAGGAAAGCGUGUUGUGGAACAGGCAUAGUUGAAACGUCGAUUCUGUGCAACGCAAGAGCGAGGGGGACGUGCUCCAACGCCACAGGGUAUGUGUUCUGGGAUGGGUUUCACCCCUCCGAAGCAGCUAAUGAGAUAUUGGCAGAGGCUCUUCUACUACAGGGAUUUCAACUUAUAUCUUAAGUUUGUUUUUAUAUUGGUUGUAAUACAUCAACAACAAUAAUGUAAUAUUAAUUCCAAUUAUGUAGCCAAUUUUAUGUACGCAAAAACUUGUGUGCGGGUGGCCGCAUGGUAUACGGACCACCCGGACACAUAUCUAUAUAUUUUAAUUUCAAGUAAUUAUAUUCAAAGUUGUGGUGUGGUACUUUUUCUA